AUGCCUGCCUCGCCCCCUCCUCCCCUGUCACUUCCUGCCCGGGAGACUAGUCAGACGUUCGAGGCCUCUCCGGACCCGCGCUGGGGGAAUGGAGAAGCAGAACCAGGGACCCACAUGUUCAAUAAAGUCACAUCCCGGACUGAACGCAGCGCCCCCACCCCCCGCCCGGCUCCUCAACACAAACUUUCCGUCCCGCUCGCUCCCUCCUCCGCGCCCAGCACCUCCCGCUCCGGCCCGGCUCAUUCCGUGCAUUCCGGCCAUCCCCCUGCCCACGACCCCCCUUCCCGGCCCCCCUCGCUACUCCCUCGGGCCCGGAGGAACGGCCCGGCGGAGCGCCCCCCGGAGCUCGGAGCAGGCUCAGGCCGUCCAGGGGGCUCAGGCCCAGAGCCCAGGGCAACCACCACAAUAGCGUCCAACAGCUGGACCGCCAGCAGCAGCCCCGGGGAGGCCCGGGAGGAUGGGUCCGAAGGCCUGGACAAGGCGCUGGACAACGAUGCGGAGGGGGUGUGGAGCCCGGACAUCGAGCAGAGCUUCCAGGAGGCCCUGGCCAUCUACCCGCCCUGCGGCCGGCGCAAGAUCAUCCUGUCAGAUGAGGGCAAGAUGUACGGUCGAAAUGAGCUGAUCGCCCGCUACAUCAAACUGAGGACGGGCAAGACCAGGACGAGAAAACAGGUGUCCAGCCACAUACAGGUUCUGGCUCGGAAGAAGGUUCGGGAAUACCAGGUUGGCAUCAAGGCCAUGAACCUGGACCAGGUCUCCAAGGACAAAGCACUCCAAAGCAUGGCGUCCAUGUCAUCUGCACAGAUCGUCUCUGCCAGUGUCCUGCAGAACAAGUUCAGCCCGCCCUCCCCUUUGCCCCAGGCCGUCUUCUCCACCUCCUCAAGGUUCUGGAGUGGUCCCCCUCUGCUAGGACAACAGCCUGGACCGUCUCAGGACAUCAAGCCCUUUGCCCAGCCUGCCUACCCCAUCCAACCUCCCCUGCCACCGACGCUCACCAGUUAUGAGUCUCUGGCCCCGCUGCCCCCAGCCACUGCCUCCUCUGCCUCUGCGCCUGCGUGGCAGGACCGAACCAUCGCCUCCUCCCGGCUACGCCUCCUGGAGUAUUCUGCCUUCAUGGAGGUGCAACGGGAUCCUGACACGUACAGCAAACACCUGUUUGUGCACAUCGGCCAGACAAACCCUGCCUUCUCAGACCCACCCCUGGAGGCGGUGGAUGUUCGCCAGAUCUAUGACAAGUUCCCUGAGAAGAAGGGGGGACUGAAGGAACUCUACGAGAAGGGGCCCCCAAACGCCUUCUUCCUUGUCAAGUUCUGGGCUGACCUCAACAGCACAGUUCAGGAGGGCCCUGGGGCCUUCUACGGGGUCAGCUCACAGUACAGCUCAGCCGACAGCAUGACCAUCAGUGUCUCCACCAAGGUGUGCUCCUUCGGCAAGCAGGUGGUAGAGAAAGUGGAGACUGAGUAUGCCCGCCUAGAGAACGGCCGCUUUGUGUACCGCAUCCACCGCUCACCCAUGUGCGAGUACAUGAUCAACUUCAUCCACAAGCUGAAGCAUCUGCCUGAGAAGUACAUGAUGAACAGCGUGCUGGAGAACUUCACCAUCCUGCAGGUGGUCACAAGUCGGGACUCACAGGAGACACUGCUUGUCAUCGCUUUUGUCUUCGAAGUCUCCACCAGCGAGCAUGGGGCACAACACCAUGUCUACAAGCUUGUCAAAGACUAGCAUACCUUUGAUGUCCACAAGGAUGCAAGAUGGACUUCUUCCACACACCUGCCUGCCUGGUCUCCCAGGGUGUGGGUUGGGGAACUCACCCACCCAUGGGUUUCAGGCUGGGACCCAGGCUGCCUCCCUGGCCCCAGCACACACGCUCCCUGCCACUGUUCUGCGCUUUACUGGAGUGAAGAGGGCUCCAUGGUGAUGUGGCCUUCCUGGGCAUUGACCCACAGAUGACCGGGCUCCACCUGGCCUCAAGUGACAUCAGAGUUGGGGGAUGGAGGACACCUGUGGGCUUAGUGCAUGGUCUCUGGCCCCCAAGGGAGUGUGAUGAGCAGGUGAGGUAGAUCAGAGAUGACAGAGAGGCAGCUUGCAAGGCUGCCCUGGUACAAGGUGUCAAGUUGGAGGCUGGGUUAAGGAGAAGGGCCCACACUUCUUUGUACCUUUCUGGGCACCAGCCUGUUCCCAGGCCCCUUGCACAGCAAGAUUGGGUCUCUUGAUCAGACAAAGUGCCAAGAUGGAGGUCCACACAAGUGGGCAGAGCCUGAGCUUAGGUUCGGCUACCUCCCUAGAACAGGGCUGGUUACAGGGGAGGGGGCUGUGUUGGCAGAGCGGUACAGCUGAGCUGGAGGCUGAACAGGGUGCUGCCCUGUUCUCCCCAGCACAUCAGCUACUAGGCACCCCUUCAGUGUCCCAAAGACAGGUGGCAGGGAACAGGAGGCUGGAACUUGAAGAGCCCUUGUCUCCCCCCCACCUCCCCUGCUUUCUCCACACCCAGGCCCCUGAGCAGCGUCAACUGGCCUGUCCCCAGGUCCCCUGGGUAUUUAUGAGUUCCAAAUGAAGUACUGUGUCCCUCCUCAUCCUGCCCGAGCUUUCUGAAGGUCUUCACCGUUUGCAUACUGCUCAGGCCACCUCCAAACCCCACCUAGGUUUUAUAACAUGUAUUAUAUGUAUUUUUGUGUAUUUUUAAAUCCAGCUGUGAUGGGCUAUAUCAUAAACAGCUCAAGGCAGGGGUCUGGCUCCUGCGAAAAAAUUAAAAGCUGUUUCUGGGUCA